UUCCAGUUGGCAUGCUAAGAUUGGAAGAGAACUUCAGUGGGAAGCAUGCACAACACAGGAUACAUGUUUGGGCUGCUCACUAUUGGACCAUCGUCUGACAGGUUCGGCAGGAAAACCAUGGCUAUCAUUACAGGUGUAGCUGGCGGGACGCUAGGGUGCAUGAAGAGUUUCGUCACGUCAUAUUGGCUGUACGUGGCCCUUGAGUUUAUAGAGGCCGCAGUCGGUGACCCUAUGUCUCCGGUAUAUAUGCUAGCUAUAGAAAUGGUAGCAACAAAGUCGCGGGUAACAUUUUCCACGACAUUUAUGACGGGUCUUGGUAUAGGAGGAAUUAUACUAGCAUUAGUAGCUUGGAUGAUACCCUACUGGCGAACGUUGCUGAGGGUCAUAUACGCGCCUGGACUACUUGCUAUAUCUUUCAUAUACUUGCUGGAUGAGAGCCCAAGAUGGCUACUGACCAAUGGAAGGAAGGAGGAAGCUGUCAAGAUAAUUAAAAAAGCAGCGAAGAUAAAUAAUAUGGAAAUAGAAGACAAUUUAAACAAUAUCUCCUAUGAAGUCAACAAAGGACCAAGUUUCGCUUCAGUUAUAAAAGCCACGUUUAAAUCCAGAUCUUUGCUGAAGCGAUUUUUUGUUUGUGCCAUAUGGUGGUCUUCUGCCACUUUUGUAAAUUUUGGAUUAAUUGUUAAUUCUACGUUACUAGGAGGCAACAAGUAUUUGAAUUUUGGACUCUCAGCUGCCAUAAAAAGUCUGGGCAUUUUGUUUUCAGCCUACAUAAUUGCCAAAUAUCAUAGAAAAGGCCCUUUAAUAUUCUGCUUCGUGGCCUGCGCAGUACUUUGUACUGGACAACCAUUCUUACCGAAAAAUCUCUGGCUCCAGAUAACGAACUACAUGGUUGGCUUACUUUUAUCCUGUGCCAAUUUUUGCAUUAUCUACUUGUUCACAUCUGAACUGUUUCCUACUCAGUCAAUAAACUCGAUGCAUGCAUUGUGCUCGGCUGUCGGAAGGAUUGGCUCUAUAUUAGCACCACAGACGCCAUUAUUGAUGGCGUAUUGGUCAGGUCUGCCAACCCUAUUGUUCGGUGUGGUGUCUCUGAUCGCGGGACUAGCCACGUUGCUUGUGCCGGACACUGCGGACCGAAGUUUGCCGGACACGGUCUGCCAAGCCGAGAAAAUGGAGGCUAAGAUCUUGACGGAAACUCGGACAUAAUAUAAUUUUGUGCACGGUUACGAUAUCAGCAUUUAUAAAAAAAUUGGACAGAUUUUUCUAAAAUAGUACUUACGGUAAUUAUGGUGCAAUAACGUUUUCUCAAAUGUAAAAUAUGUGCCGGACUUGUAAAGCGUGAUGUAAAUAUACGU